CCCACAUCCCAGCCUCACCUCACCACCAGCAAGCAUCACCAUCUUUCUUCCCCGCAACGAAGACAUCAACCCAACCGCUCGCCCUCCAAACUCCAACACACCAUGUCCCCUCACCUUCCCAAUGAACUCUGGAUCCUAGUCUUCUCCCACUGCUCGCCCAAAGACCUCUGGCUCUCCCUCCGCCCCAUCAACACCCAACUGCGCACCUGCACGGAAGAGUACUACGCCAGACACUACCUGCCUCUCACCCAGCUGACGCUCCCCAUCACACUUCCCACUUAUGACAUGCGCAAUCCUAUUCGCGGGAAGGCGGUGUUCCAUCCUGGAUUGUUGGGGAAUUCUGAGGAAUCGGGGAGAGCGCUUUAUGACCUUGUGGGGACCGAUCCGUCUCACUACCGGGAGCACUUUCUUGGACGCUGGAAGGGAAUGGGGGAGGGGGAGGGGAGGUGGUUACGGGAGACGGUGGUGUGGGAGAUGGGGAUUGCGGAGGGUGGGGUGCGCGAAGUGCGGUUGAGGAGGCCGAGGGUGGAGGGGAUCGGGGUGCAGGGGGAUUUGGAGGUUGCGAGGGUGUCGUUUGAGUGGAGGGGGACGGUGAGUAGUUUCUUUCGGUAGGGAUUUGAGAUGCGCUUGGAGGGCAAUGGAGGGGAUUGGAAUUGA